GCGGCGUCCCCGCGAGCAGGGAGAGGUCACUCAAGGCGAGGCCCGCGAGCGCCUGCCGAGAUGUCAUGCAGCGGGGGCGGCCACGACACGAGAAGUACUCAUCAAAACAACGAGCCAGCGAGCCAAAGUGGAGCACAACAACACAGUCGCCAUGUCACCCGACGCGACACUAGCGCCGCCGAGUCCGCGCGGCAGCCUCGGCAACUAGCGCGAUGCGAGCGCGGAGCGGAGCGCGGGGGAGGGAAGCUCAGCGCCACUCAGCGCGCCGCGUCCUGGAAGUCCUGCAGUGCCCGUCCAGGAUCCAGGAGCCACACACCCCCGCAAGGGGCGGAACGGCGGCAGGCAAGCGGGGGUGGCGCCAAAGCAUAGUGUUGGCUAGCCGCGCGAGCCGCGCAGGGGGCGCCAGUGGUGUCCAGGAGGGAGGGCAGAAUCAAUAGGGCUGUCAACAAGACAAGCGGCGGCGGCAGCACAGCACGCGCCAAGAGGAACUCCACCGAUGCGACGCCCAGCUCGCACAGCACUACACCCAGACCGAGACCGAGGGGGUGGUGCAGCCAGCCUCCGGUCUCUGCCUCCAGCGGCUCCAGGCUCAGUUUUGGCCCGCCUGCAGCCCCGCACACCGCCGCCGCCUCCAGACCUGCCUGCUGUACAGCGCCGACCCGGCCCUGCUCGGCCAGCCGCAGGCUAGCCUGAGCGAGGCCACCCCCAGGGCCCCAGGACCGCAGGGCUCCAGGACCAGCAUCUCUCUCUCAGGUGCCGCCAUGCUGGACCCGGCGACGGACAUCCGCCUGACGGCGACCAAGACCAUCAGCUCGUCCGGGCCGUGCUUCAUCAUCGCGGAGAUCGGGCAGAACCACCAGGGCAACUUCGCCAUGGCCAAGAAGCUCAUACGUAUCGCUAAGGAUUGCGGCGCGGACUGCGUCAAGUUCCAAAAGAGCUGCCUGCCGUCCAAGUUCAACCGGAAGGCCCUGACGCGGCCCUACACCGGGCCCAACUCGUGGGGGGACACCUACGGCGCGCACAAGAAGUUCCUCGAGUUCUCCGCAGAGCAGUUCAAGCAGCUGCAGGAGUACGCGGAGCAGCAGGUCGGCAUCAUGUUCUCAGCCUCCGCCAUGGACGAGGACUCGGUCAUCAUGCUGGACCACAUGGGGGUGCCGUUCAUCAAGGUGGGCUCGGGCGACAACUGCAACCUGCCGCUGCUGCGGCGCGCCGCCGCCACGGGCCGGCCCUUGUUGGUGUCCACGGGCAUGAUGAACCUGCGCGACCUGCGCCUGCUGCACGGCCACCUCACCCGGAUGAACGCCAAGUUCGCGCUGCUGCACUGCGUGUCCUCGUACCCGGCGCCGCACGAGCAGCUCAACCUGCGCUUCAUCGCGGAGCUCAAGCGGCUGUUCCCCGAGACGCACGUGGGCUACUCGGGCCACGAGCUGGGCACGGACGUGUGCAUCGCGGCGGUGGCCGUGGGCGCCAGGGUGCUGGAGCGCCACCUCACGCUGGACCGCCGCAUGAAGGGCUCGGACCACAUCUGCUCGCUGGAGCCCAUCGAGCUGGGCCGCCUGGUGCGCGCCGUCAGGGAGGUGGAGCUGGCCCUGGGCCGGCCCGUCAAGGAGGUGCAGCCCUGCGAGGCCGCCUGCUGGCUCAAGCUGGGCAAGUGCCUGGUGGCGGCGCGCGACCUCCCCGAGGGCCACGUCCUGGUGGAGGAGGACCUGUGCGUCAAGGUGGCCGACCCCAUGGGCAUCCCCAGCAACCGCUUCAUGGACGUCAUCGGCAAGACCAUGCGCAAGGCGCGCCAGUUCGACGAGAGCAUCCUGCCCGAGGACCUCGGCAUGGUGGCGCCGCACCAGGACCAAGGACCGCCCGAGGACCCCGAGGCCGACGACUAGACCGCCAGACCACUCCCGGCCCAGUCCUUGGGCCUUCGGCCUUCCUCCUUGGGGCGUCCAAGUAUUACGUCCCGUCGGCCAGAGAAGAUCGUUUUGCCCAUUCCCUCCUUCGCUUCCGGCAGGACUUAAUAAGUGCUCGCCCCGGCCCCGGCCACACUGCUCGCACUGGGUCACCCAACAGGGAAGCCCCUCGACGUGUAUUCUCUCUUUACUCUCUAAGAGUCUUUUCUUAGUUGGUAAAAGAUCGGGUACAGUGGACCCCGAGUAGUUUGUUUGUGAUAUGUCUGUGUAAUUAAAGUGUCAGCACUUGUUUCGUUAUGAAGUACAGUAAUAAGAAUAUUGCUCAUCUGAGCUAGCAUGUGGGGUCAUUAAGAACGACUGACCUCACAAUUUUAUCUUGGCUAAAUGUGGUCCCCUGAUCUUGAUUUCUCCUAUCCUUUUUGGUUCUAGUAUUUUAUGACCCCUCUGAUUAACUUUUUCUGUAUCUGCUUAUUUCAUUCAAAAUAAAAUGCUGUGGCAUAUUGGUAUCUAAAAAAAUGUACGCUCAUUCAUAACUGAGUGUUACAUGUGAAAAGGCUUUUUUAUUUUCUCACAUUUGAAAAUGUAACACAGAAAACUAUGGACAUACUAGUAAAAUCCGCGCAUUUAAAAAUCUUGAAAACAAUGUUGCUAGAAAUGAUUUUUUUCAUUAUUCUACGGUCAAGGCCACAAGGUCUACGCCUGUGAAAAGUUCACCAAUUCACAGGAAAAAAAAUAUUAUGUCACUUAUGGCAUUAUCAAAAUUUGCUAAGAAGUUUUAGUUAUUGCUGAAGCACCCAACAACACCUUUGUCAAGAUACAAUACAAG